AUGGAGCUCAGUCAACUUCCUCUUGUGCUCUUGCUGAUUUCAAACAUCCACUCUGGAAACACUGAAGGAGAGACAGUCACUCUCAGAUGUGACAUUGAUGGUGAAGGAGUCACUGGCUGGCGGUACAGCUGGUAUAAAGACGGUUCAAACAGUGUUUUCAGUGAACUACAGGAACACACAUUCAGUCCUGUUACUGAGUCUGACGCAGGUAAAUACUUCUGUUAUGGAGCAGAGAGAGGAGGAUCACGAACAUCAAACAUCGGUGAUGAAGUUACACUGACAGUAGAUACACCCCAGGCAGUUUUAAGUGUUUCUCCACAGAAGUGGUUGACUGAAGGAGAUCCAGUGACUCUGAUCUGUGAGGUUUACGGCUCCUCUACAGGCUGGACAUUCAGCUGGUACGCGGUUUCAUCAGACUACAGCAAUCGUUAUAACCUCCUCUCAGACAGCAGCAGGGGAGCUGGAGGAAACUAUACUUUCAGUUCUGCUGCUCUAAAACACACAGGAGUUUAUGUGUGCACAGCAGAGAGAGGAAAACCAGGUUAUUAUACAACCUACAGCAACAAACAGCCAGUAUGGGUCACUGGUGUUUCUCCUCCAGUCUCUCUGAUCAUCAGUCCUAGCAGAACUCAACACUUCACAUCUGUCUCUCUCUCUCUGAGCUGUGAGGACCAGAGUAACUCUGAUAGAUGGAGAGUGAAAAGAUACACAGAGAGUUUGGGGCUGGAAGAUUGUUCAUCAUCGGUGUGGGCUUCACAAACAGGAUCUACAUGUACAAUCAGCUCCACCAUCACAUCAGACACAGGAGUGUACUGGUGUCAGUCUGAAUCUGGAGAGAACUAUCAUCCUGUUAAUAUCACUGUACACCCUGAUGUGAUUCUUGAGAGUCCUGUUCAUCCUGUGACUGAAGGAGAUACUCUGACUCUACGCUGUUUAUAUCAACAUUCAACCCCACCAAACCUCAGAGCUGAUUUCUAUAAAGAUGGAUCACUCAUCCAGAGUCAAACUACAGAGAUGAUCAUCUUUAAUGUCUCAAAGUCACAUGAGGGUUUCUACUACUGCAAACACUCAGAGAGAGGAGAGUCACCCAAGAGCUGGAUCUCAGUCAGAGUGUCUCGUUCAGAAUCUCAGAUCUCUGUCCUCCACACACUCAGUUCUGUACUGGCAGUUUGUCCAUAUCUGCUAGUGACUGUCGUGCUGAUUUUCAAAUGCUGCAGGAUGAGAGUGCUGAUUUCACACAUCCACUCUGGAAACACUGAAGGUGAGUAAAUUUGAUUCAUAUAUUUCUCACAUUUGACUGAUUCUAACUGUUACAAACCACCGGAGAGUUGAGAAAUUAAUGUUACAUUUUAUUAUGAUUAUAAAUGCACCCUUUUAACAAGUUAAAUUAUUCAUGUGACAAUUCUGAGGUGAGACAUGAAACACCAAAAACAUCAGUCUAUCAAAAAUAUCAGAUAUAUUUCUUACAUCCUGUAAUGUCCACCCAACGAAGGAAUCCAAUGGUGGCUGAAGGUUUCCUGCACGUUCGGUCUUUUUGGUGCCGCACAAAUUACUUUGUCGAAAAUACACCAAUGGUGCGCAAAGUAGUUUAAUUUAAAUUAAAUUCUAAUCUGACUCCAUUUUAUUAUGACCUCGAGUUUAGAUUGAGAUGCAAAUUGGUUGUUUGCCCAUUUCUAAUUAUUGUUCUUCUGGCA